CUCAAGUCCUCAACCAUCGCAGCAUAGCAACCCAAACCACCAUGUCCAAACGCAUCAUCAUAACGGGCGGCUCCGGCAAAGCCGGCCAGUUCAUCAUCGCCCACCUCCUCAGCCAGAACUACACGAUCCUGAACCUAGACCUGCACCCGCUGCCCGACCCGCUCGCCGCCCGGGUGCACACCAUUCGCGUCGACCUCACUGACACCGGCCAAGUCCACAGUGCCUUCCACUCGCACUUCGCGCUGACCGAGCCCUUCCGCGAACCGCUCCACCAGAUCCCUCUCGCAGUGAUCCACCUCGCCGGUUACGCGCGCAACAUGAUCGUCCCCGACAACGAGACGUAUCGCGGAAACGUGCUGGCCUUCUACAACGUCCUUGAGGCCGCCUGUCAUAUGGGCAUCCGCAAGAUCCUCCUGGCGUCGUCCAUCUGUGUCUAUGGGGUGGCGUUCGCCGAGGGCGAUGUCGAUUACGCUUCCUUCCCUGUGGACGAGUCCGUCCCCGCGCAGCCGAUGGAUGCCUACGCCAUCUCGAAGGUGUGUGGGGAGCAGACUGCUGCUGGGUUUGCGAGGCGGUUUCCCGGCACUGACAUCUAUGUGUAUCGGUUUGGGGCGGUGGUGAGUCCGGAGGAGUUCCAGGAGAAGUUCCGGGGGUAUGUGGAGCGGCCGGAGGAGUGGAAGGUGCAUGGUUGGGCGUAUACGGAUGCAAGGGAUCUUGGGGAAAUGGUGGAGAGGGGGUUGGUUGUGGAUAGGCUGGGGUUUCAAGUGUUCAAUGCGGUCAAUGAUGAGAUGACAAAUUUUGAGGAAUCGACGAAGGCGUUUUUGGCAAGGGUCUGUCCUGGGGUGCCGGUUGCGAGGGAGUUUGUGGGCAGAGAGGCACCCGUGUCGAAUAGGAAGCUGAGGGAGGUGUUGGGAUUUGUGCAGCGCGUGCGGUGGCAGGAUGAGUAUCAGAAGUAUGUAGAUAUCUUUAGAUGACUGCCUG